GUACGAUGGAGUUUUUUGAGAUUACAUGUCUUGUCAUCAUAGUUACAUGCAUACUCUACAUCUACCACAAAAGAAAAAGCCAAAGAAAAAUUUCAGACUUUCCGUCAAAAUACCCAGCUGAUAAAAUCAAGAACAAAGAAAAAAAUCACUACGAUGUGGCAAUCUGUGGUGCAGGACCCGCAGGCAGUACCUGCGCUUAUUACCUAGCUAAGCUGGGCUGGAAGUGUUUGCUCUUGGAGAAGAAAAAGUUUCCUCGGGACAAAUACUGCGGGGAUGCAGUGUGCAAGACUGCCAUAGAGAUUCUGAUUGACAUGGGUAUUUACGACUUACUCAUUCGAGAAAACAAGGCUCACGUGGCAGACAGUGGGGGACUCUGCAGCCCUGGGGGACUUAGUUACAUUGGUCGUAGUAAAGAGGUCAUUGGAGAAAUCCCAGCUGCCAUAGCUUGUAAGCGACUCCAUCUUGAUGACGCCAUAGCUAAAGCUGCCAAGAGAAUAGGUGCAGAUCUACAGGAGGAGUGGGCAGUCAAUGAAGCCAAGUUUGAUAACUCUGCAGGUCUGUGGACACUUUAUAGAGAGGGAUCAACAGACACUCUCAAAGCAAGGGUGUUGGUUUGUGCUGAUGGUUCCCCUUCCAGACUUGCCACACAACUUGGGCUGAUCUCAAGACCCCCAGACAGCACUUGUUCCAGGGCUUAUGUUGAGGGAGGAACUCACAAAUUCAAAGCUGAUGGAGUUGUCUUUUAUAACAAGGAAAUGUUACCAGGUUACUCUGCACUUUUUCGUCAUCCAAAUGAUGAACUGAACUACUGCGUUUACAUUAUUCCUGGUAACCCCAAAGUGACCCCAGAUGACCUUAAACACUGGCAUGACUACCUGCAGACAAAUGACCCUAACAUCAACCGAGCCUUGGGUAAAGAAGCCAAAAUAGAGAGAAUGAAUGCAGCUAGUCUAAGACUUGGGGGAGAGAACGUUUCUUAUGGACACCAUGUCCUGAUUGUGGGGGAUGCAGCAGGAAUGAUAGAUCCCCUUACAGGAGAGGGGAUCCACCAUGCAAUGGAAGGAGGAAAGAUUGCAGCACUAUUUUUAGAUGAGGCCAUCAAGCAGGGUAAUUAUGACAGUGACCUGAUGAAGAUCUAUCAUCAGCAAUGGAUGAACAAAUUUGGAUUUGAUUUUAAAUGGUCGAUGAUAUUUUGUCAAAUGAUGUACCGAUUUCCUAUUUUGCUGGAUGCCUCAGCUGCUGCACUUCAGAGGAAGGGCGACAAAUUUCUAGCUAAAUGGGCAGAUAUCAUGACAGGUCGAGUCCCCAAAAUAUACAUGCUGAAACCUGAGUUUUCCUUAACCAUAGGAUAUGAACUAAUCAGACUUCUAAUAGCAAGAUAUAGUGCCUCGACAAAAAAUCAAAAUAAAACUCAAUGACAUAUUAUUGGGUAUAAGAAAAAAAAAGUUUUAAUAUGAAUAUUUUCUUGAUUACUAAAACACCUUUGUAAGUAAAGUUUAUUUGUUUUGUGAUUGGAGAGGGUGCAAAUUAUCCACCCGUCUUUCUCUCUGUCCAGCUGAUACGAGCAGUCCAGCUGACACGAGCAGCAAGGAAACAUAAUGACAAAAGAUAUAACCGUACAAGCUUUUGCUAUAAAUUUCCAUAGGAAGAUAGUCUGUCUGUAGAUAUUUUUGUUAUACCUUUAAUUAUUAUACCCUAGGGAAAUCUAUACGUAAAAAGUCUAACAUCUCCAAUGUUUUACUGAGCAUUCAAAAAAAAAGUCGAUUGACCGAUAGGUGAAAUAUUUGGCCUGUCGAUGAGAUAUAGGACCGCUAUUACAUUCUUUACAUCACUCUGUAGGCGGGAUCAGAACUUUUAUCUUAUUAGGUCUUUCCACCUUUCUGUGGAAAGACCUAUUGAUAUUCUUCUGUUU